CAAAAUCAAAGCCGCCAUAAAGACAGUGAUGUGGAACUCUGUUUUGUAUGUUUCUCCAUGAAUCACACUUCAGAGAAGGAUACAAAGCACUCACCUGAAAAUUCAGUUAACCAUUUUUUGUGACAAAAAAAUAAGAGAGCGAAAGAGAAAUGACACAAAACGGCGUCGUUACAGGAGGAGGAGGUCGUACUGUUGUGGUGGGUGUGAAGUUCGAUGCGACGAGCAGUGAUCUGCUGGACUGGGCUUUGGUUAAGGUUGCUGAACCGGGAGACACCGUAAUCGCUCUUCACAUUCUCACCAAUGGCGACUCUUCGUUUCUCUCCCUUGUUAAAACUGAAGACUCUGUUCUUGAAGCUUAUGAAGGUUUCUGCAAAUUGAAAAAUAUUGAGCUGAAGUUGAAACUAUGCCAGGGCUCCUCUACUCGAAAGGUUUUAGUUAGAGAAGCAAAGUUAUGUCAUGGAUCCAAAGUUGUAGUUGGAGUUUCCAGAACUUGUAGCCACUCAUCUGUCUCAGUGGCUAAGUACUUAGCCAAGAAACUAUCUAAAGACUGCUUGGUUCUUGCUGUAGACAACGGGAAAGUCAUGUUUCAAAAAGAUGGUUCCUCAUUGAAAGGAAAAAGCAAUGCUGGUAGGAACGCUUUGACUAGCUUCUUUCAGAUGCAUAAGAACACCAAAGUAGUUAACAGUUGGGAGGAGGAGGAGGAUCGUUCCAAUGGCUGUAGUCUACGGCAAGCUUUAGUGUCUUCCUGUCUUGGGAAUCUCUCUGUUUGUGGAGAUCUAUCUAAAUCAUCUAGCUGUAAUGAUAAUGCUGAUGAUUUCCACAAAUCAAAAAUGGCCACUGAGCCAGUAAAAGUAGUUCCGGAAGAUUUGACCAGAUUCAUCACUAUGCUGGUAAAUGAACUGCCUGAGUUUAGACCAGGCUGGCCUUUGCUUUGUCGUGUCGCUUCUCCUGAUGUGUUGUUAGCUAAUGUUCCGAGAAGUUAUUCGUUCAGACAGAUACCAGUUGCACAGUGGGUCCUCAAGCUUCCCUCUAGAACCAAUUCUCUUGUUAGUACUAGUUCAGACACUAAGCAGUUGGACGCAACUGUUUCUGAUGGUAAUGAUUCUAUGAUUGUGAAGUUCUCUCCUGAGGGUCUUCAUGAGAGGUUCUCCACAUCUUGCCGAUCUUUUAAGUACAAGGAACUUGUUUCAGUCACAUCCAAUUUUUCUCCUGAUAAUUUCAUCGGAAAAGGAGGUAGCAGCAGGGUUUAUAGAGGCUAUCUUCCUAAUGGAAGAGAGGUUGCAGUGAAAAUUCUCAAGCAAACCAAAGGGGUCAUGAAGGAUUUUGUAGCAGAGAUUGAUAUCAUCACAACGUUAAACCACAAGAAUGUUAUUUCACUCUUAGGUUACUGUUUUGAAAACAAUAACCUCUUACUUGUAUACAAUUACCUCUCAAGAGGAAGCCUUGAAGAGAAUCUUUAUGGAAGCAAGAAAGAUCCGGUUGCAUUUCGUUGGAACCAGAGAUAUAAAGUGGCUGUGGGAAUAGCUGAGGCGUUGGAUUAUCUGCACAACAGUGCUCCACAACUUGUUAUUCACAGAGAUGUUAAGUCAUCAAACAUAUUAUUGUCUGAUGAUUUCGAGCCACAGCUUUCUGACUUUGGGCUUGCAAAGUGGGCAUCACUAUCUACAACUCAAAUCAUCUGCUCAGAUGUUGCAGGCACCUUUGGGUACUUAGCUCCAGAGUACUUUAUGUAUGGUAAGAUGAACAAUAAGAUAGAUGUGUAUGCAUACGGUGUUGUACUCCUCGAGCUUCUUUCUGGAAGAAAACCUGUUAAUAGCGAAUCUCCAAAAGCUAGAGAGAGUCUUGUUAUGUGGGCAAAAACACUUCUGGAUGAUAGAGAUUAUCUUCAGUUAUUAGACCCGAGUUUGCUUAAUGACUACAAUGGUGACCAGAUGGAGAUGAUGGCUUUAGCGGCCACUCUUUGUAUAAGACAUAACCCACAAUCUAGGCCAGAAAUGGGAAUGGUUUUAAAUCUUCUUAAAGGUGACGUGGAGAUGCUAAAAUGGGCAAAGGAGCAAGUUAGUAUUGGUUUAGAGGAUUCAAAGCUGCUCAAAGACGAGAAACUGAAGAGGUCUAACUUACAGUCACAUCUUAACGUAGCGUUCCUUGACAUGGAGGAGGACGAGUCUAUCUCCAUGAGAAGCAUGGAACAAGGGAUCUCUGUGGAGGAUUAUCUUAAAGGCAGAGAAAGCCGUUCAUCAAGCUUUCAUUGAGCUUGUUUUGUUUUCACAAUUGCAAAACUUUCUUAGUUGAGAUGGUGAAGACUCGCUUGGGACCUGUUUAGGGUUGUAAAUGCAACUUUUAUUUUUUUUGGGAUCUGUUUUGGAAAUAUUUCCUUUGUUGGGGCAAAAAUAGAAAUAAAAUAUGUGCAUACCUUGAUCCUAAUGGAUCAAAAUGAAUGGUCGUCUUUCACUGUCAUUUUCGAGGAUUAG